AUGCAGGCCAAUAAUGUGGAAAUAAAAGGGAUUCCAGUGAAAAAGUCCAAGAACUUAUACGAUAUUGUGGACCAUAUCAAUAAGGUUAUCCAGUGCUCUUUACGUAAAGAGGACAUUAAUUAUAUUGUCAGAGUCCCCAACCUCAAAGCAGAGUCUCAAAGGUCCAUAAUCAUAGCGCUCAACAAUCGUUACUGCAAGGAAGAGUUUGUAGCAGCUGCGCGCAAACAUAAGGAACUCAAAGUUUCUCAACUGGGAUACGCCGAUGAAGGCCACGUUUACGUCAACGACCAUCUCACGCUAUUUAAUAAAGCUAUUCUUAAGAAGGCGAAGGAUCUGGCGAAAACAAAAAAAAAACUUCAAAUAUGUGUGGAUAAAACAUUGCAAGAUUCUGGCCCGAAAAUCCGACACAUCACCGACGUUCCGCAUAAAAUCAGAAAAAGAUCUUCUAAAAUUUUCAUAAAAUUGAUAAAGUGCGUAUAUUUUGAUUUACUAAUUGCUUGUACGACAUAUUGCUCAAGAUUAUAUUAUUUCAACUCGCGUAAAUAUUGUGAUUGUUGCGCCCGCGACCUGGGAAGCCCUGACUCUUUUGUAUUGCUUAUCGCUAUUACUCGCUACCUGUACGCGGUGGUCAUUAGUGAAGGCACUUCUGUUAAUAGCUAUCGUAACUGCAUAUAUUUAGAGUGUGACGGCGUGACCGCGACUACUGCUCCACCGGGCAGUGGUACGGCGGCGACGUGCUUGUGGCCGUGCGGCGCGAGUUCGCCGCCGCCGGUCACCCGGCUUGGCACUCCUACGCCGCAGAUAUUUGGGUCUAAGACACUCCGCACCAAAGCCGGCCUUCUCGCAAUACACAUUUGCACUAUUUAUUUAUGUAAGGAGGGAGGCGGCUACUCAAUAAAUACACAACUCUAUAACUUCGCGAGUAAGCUUGGGGAUAACUUUCACUCUGCACCCAACGAUCUGUUUAUGGUCUUAGAAGAUUUUAAUAUGCCAAAUAUCAGCUGGAUCUUAAUGGAAAGUGGUCAGUUAGGGCCAAUGGGUGUUUUAAACAAAAGUCCGGAAAAUUUUUUGGACAUAAUUAAUGAAUGUAAUCUCGACCAAUACAAUAACAUACGAAAUAGCAAUGAUAGGCUACUGGAUGACAAUGAAAUGUACUACCCACUGACUAUCCCCAUGUCUCAGAGGAUUCACACCAUAGAUCAAUUUGCAUCGAAUUAA